AUGAAUUGUGAGCCAUGCGCUUCUUCCUUGCGUUCGGCAAGCCAGAGCAGCAUCCUUGUUUGUGCUGUGAAUUGCUGCGUAUCUGUUGUAAGCACAUGCCUUUACUACUCUGAGUUGCAUCAUUUGCACCAGUAUCCCUUUUUCUCUGCACAACUUAAUACAGCCAUUGGAGCGCUGCUGGCGGGACUCUGGCUUCUGUGGUUGCCCAAAGAUGUGGAAGUGGAAACCGCGGCCACAGUCGUCCCAUGGCAGUCUUGGGCUUGGCUGAGUGCAUUGCUGGCGUUUCAAAAUUCCCUGGAGAUUUUGAGCAUUCCCAGAGUCCAGUUGGUUGGAGCAAUGAUGGUCGUUGCUGGGGUCAUGGCAGGGUUUCUGCCAAGUUUAUGGGUUUCUGGACUGCAACAUGUCAGCCUGGCAUGGGUGGCCAUCUUCCUCCUCUCCCGCAUCCCUCAAGCUGCAGCCAACGUCGCAGCAGAGAGUUGGGCGGAAAAUCAGAAGGGCAUCACUUGGCCACUGAGAGCCACUUUGUAUACGCAACUCUUAGGCCUGCCAUGCAACUUCCUGGCAGCACUGACUGUCUCUUUCUUUUGGAAAGGCGAAGCUGCCGUUGUUCUGCAGGACUAUGCUGGCGGAUUCAGCUGUCUGACUGAAGGUCAAGGAGCAUGUGCUGGGGCCUGGAGAUCAGUGCUCCUUUUUGCGGUGCCAGGGAUGCUGUACACCCUGACGGAGUUUCAAGUUUUGCAGGCGGCUGAAGGGGACCAUAAAGAAUCGGAUCGUAAAUCCAUCAGAAAUGGCAAUGGUUGACUUGAGAAGCCUCGAGGUCAUUGAUAUUGUAGUUUGCUUGCUUCUGGGUUCAAAACUGGAGGCCGAUGCUUAUUCCAACUGUAACAAUCAUAUAAUCACCAGGUGCUUUGGGCCUGACUAUACCAUUCAUCCAAGGCCCUUUUUUUUCGUGGCAUGGUGUCCUCAUUUUAUGCAGGUGGCUUCAGCUACCACUUACUUCUUGCUGGCGGCGCUUCAACUGCCAUUGCAAGACCUGGCACUGUCCUUGUUGAACUUUUCAGCCGCCAGCUUUCGGCCAGCCAUGGUGCCUGCCAUCCUGGCUGUGGCCAUGGGGCUCAUGUUUUAUGGCCUGGGCAGUCGGCCAGGAUCAUCCUGAAAA